AUCGAGAAAUUGCCUAAUCAAGAUAUCAAGGAAGAAGUUCUAGAGUUUGAACUAUGCCUACGGUACAUCGACCCAGUUUUAUCAGGGUUAUUUGAUGAUCCAGAUAGGGGCACCCUGUUUAGAUGGACCAGUGUCACAAACGAGGAGUCAAAGUACAGAUACAUUACAAAGCAGCGUCCUGACAGUGUCAUUUCUCAGUUGGAUGGACUCUCUUAUGGGCCAUCUUUAGGCUUCGUGGAGGUCAAAAGUGCCAAAAAGGGUAGCGGCAAAUUCGCAGUUUCUAAUGAUCUUGUUCGACUUGGCCUUCUUUCCAAAAAUUCAAUCGAUCGGUCGAAUGUAGAUGGUUGCUUAGCCAUACAAGUAGUUGGCUUGAAUAUUAACUUUUUCAUAACCAAACUGAUGGCAGAUGGGAUAUAUACAAUGUUUGAAUUGUACAAUAUCAGGAUCCCAUCAUCAAGAGAAGCAAUUCAAGGAUUUGUUGGCUACUUUGACGAGCUCUUGGCUGUUCUGGAUCUUUUCAAAGAACAUUGUCUCAUGUCCACUUGUGUUAAUGACCAAGAUUCCUGUAAGCGAAAAGCAUUACCCGACGAAGCAUUCGAUGUUAUUCUAUCAAGGUCAAAGAGUAACAAAAGACAAUGCUAUACAAUAGAGAGAUAG